CCGUGCUGCAGUCGUAAAAAUAAAACAUAUAUUUUUAUUUUAAUCGAUAAUAAUAAAGUCCAUCCAGCUUUUCCCUUCAAACACACAUUUAAUUGUCUCCUGUGUUGGUUCCUGUCGCGACAGUCGUAGUCAAGUGCGCGCCAGGUUCCUCAUUCCGAGUGGUGACGACGUUGUGACAGGAUGAAGCCAUAGUGAGUGUCCCGUUUUCCCAGUUUUCAUCCCAGGAUAUUGCAGCAGGAGCAGCAGAAAAAAAUACAGGACUAAAAAUCACCGAAGAAACGAUCUCAAAAUGAAUUUCUCACCUUUUGGAACGCAUUUUCCUGGAACGAUUCCAGGAAUCCAUCAAUUUACGAGUAGUGGGCUGGUCACCAGUGUACCCUCUAGCUCUCAUGACAGCAACAAUCGAUAUCACACCAUCAAUUCUAACGUGAACAUGGCCCACUUCAACCAAUCUCAUGGGCCCAUAUUGGGAAAAUUUCGCCCGGAGGAUAUUACAUCCAACGUGGGAAAUUCAAACAAAUAUAACGGUCAACACAGCACAACGGUGCUGCCUGCAACCACAUCAAGUGCUCAGUACACGAUUCCCUAUAGUCAACAUUCCGACGUGAACGACAUCAAGCAACGGAACAUGUAUCCGCAAUCAACGAUCGCCAGUACCACAAUCGGUUCUACUCAACCUCAGGAAAUAUCCCAAGACAUCAGCGCCUUGCUCCAGCAAGCGGACAGCAAACGAGUCCUGCAGAACUCAAGCUGGCAGUCGCUCGCUCCGGGUGCAUCCGUUGCCGACUACCUCUCACACCUUCCGGGCACGGCCCUCCCACUCUCGCUUCAUCACUUCUUGAAAUAUUCAGCAGAGAACAUCAAAAAGGAAACGCAAAAUCCUCUCUCAUCCCUCGAGAUGUCGCAGACACAGUCGCAGAACGUGAACGGUGCCAACCAGCACUCGAAUGGGAUGAUUCUGCCAGCGUCGCAAGCCAUCGCAAGCAUCCUCGGCCAUCAGAACCAGAUCGGUGUCGGGCAGGCACAGCAGCAUCAGCAACAACAGCAGCAACUGCACAGUCAACAAGGACCCACUAGUACAGGAACGGUUAACGGUGCUACUUCUACCAAUGGUGCCGGCAGCGGAGCCGAAAAGAAAAAGAAGAAAAAGAAAAAGAAGCCACCAAAGGAGCGGAAACCUCGCCCGAAACCGGGAGAAAUCCAAGUCCGCACAGCGUUGGAUGGCAGUCCACUGUUCCUGUGUCCAGAGUGCCAGAUGGCGUACCCGGAGCGAGAGCUGCUGGAACAACACCUGAUCGGGCACAACCUGGAACGCAGGUUCAUUUGCGACAUAUGCAACGCAGCGCUCAAACGAAAGGAUCACCUGACACGCCACAAACAGAGCCACAACCCGGAACGGCCGUUUGUUUGCACCAUUUGCUUAAAGGCUUUCAAACGUAAGGAACAGCUAACUCUGCAUAUCGUCAUACAUUCUGGGGAGAAAAGACAUAUCUGUCAGGAAUGUGGCAAAGGUUUCUACCGCAAAGAUCACCUCCGCAAGCACACCCGAUCGCACAUUGCCCGCCGAUUGAAGGCCGAGCUACAGGCUCAGCAAGGCGGAGCUGAGAACGGUACGGCGGGGGGAUCGUCCCGUGGCAACAAGAACAGCAGUCAAGCGAACAACCAACAACAGAAUGCAGCUCAGCAACAUCUACAGCAGCAACAGCAGGCACCUCCACAAGCACAAAUUCAACUGCAAACGCAGGGCACAAAUCAACCACCCCAGAUGCAACCUCCGCAGUACCAUCCCAUCCCUCCAGCGGCGCAAAUGAUGGCUUGAAGGCUUUUUUAAAAACCGAAAUUACUUAGAUACAUUUUUAUUAGUCUCGAAUUGGCUAUUAUCGAAUAAGUGGAAUUACUAUCAUGACUCUCUCGCUGCAACAGGCGAAGUUGGUAGGUUUCGUGCGGUUGUCGUGUUUUAAGUAGGUAUUACUAUCUCUGUCACUGUACUUAUCUGUAUCGAUAUAUUUAAUCAUUGGCAUGGAAUUAGGCGUAGGAAGUUUGUGCAAUUUCAAUAGAAGUUAAUUUAUGUUAAUUUCCCAAUGAUGUUGGAAUAUUCUUUGUUUUUUAGUUUAUUUCAUAAUCUAUAUGUUCCUUGGUUAUGAUCUAGUCAAAAUUUAGUAUCCAAAUUGAAAGAACACUGUUGAUAAUAGUUAUGUAAAAUAUUGAAUACGUUCAAAAGAAAAGCGCGCAAUUAUUUAGUCAUUGCCAGAGGGCAGUAGUUCAAAUGUUUCUUUAUUAACCGCUUUUGUUCUAGGGUUGAGGGGCGUUAUUGCACUUAUACGAAUACAUAAACUUAUGAACACUGACCUAAUAUUUAACUGAUUAGAAUGUAAGUUAUCUAUAACAAAAAUAUAUGAAACAAAAUAA